UUGUUUACAUUCACGGAACGUCAAAGUAGAAAAUCAGAAUCCGAAAAAAAAUUGUGAUGUGGAUUACUUUCUUCGGUAUUUUAUAAACUUUUUUGCUGAUAACUAGAAGAUUUAGUUCGAUUCGUUGAUUUUUUUGCACGAAAAUGUCGUCUGCUACGGUUCCGCUGCUCGACGAUACCGUGCCCUUCGGCGACGAAGAGGAACUCGACCCAAAUGGAACACCUAAAAGAUUGAGCCACCCGUAUGUGACAUUCCUCCACGUCUUUUUCCGGGGAGCCGCCCUGGCUACUUAUCUGUUCUGGACCCUCUUCAACGAUUCCUUCAUCAAAUGUUUCCUGCUGGUGGUUUUCUGGCUGUCGGCCGAUUUCUACCUGGUAAAGAAUAUUAGUGGCCGGCUCCUGGUGGGAAUGCGCUGGUGGAACUACGUAGACGAUGAUGGCCGUUCCCAUUGGGUGUUCGAAUCGAAGAAGGGUGAAAACGGGUACGAGUCCAGGGUGAAUCCGCAUGAGGCGCGAAUUUUUUGGACGGCACUGGUGGUUUGUCCGGUCAUGUGGGGAUUGUUCUUCGUAGUGGCCCUAUUCGGGUUCAAGUUCAAGUGGAUGUUACUGGUCAUGAUUGCUCUGUCGCUGAAUGGAGCCAAUUUGUAUGGAUACAUAAAGUGUAACUUUGGAGCAAAUGCCAAUCUUAAGGCUACCACCACCGAUUUCGUCCGAAGUCAAGUGCUCAGGAAUGCCGUUAAUUUAAUGAGUCAACCAAGCAGCAGCUCGGCACCAAAAAAUACUACUGUAGCUUAGAUUUCGCUUAUCCUCACUGUAAUACAUGUGCUCCAUAUUCCAAACGAA